AUGGCUGAAAACCCUUUCUCUGAUUUUUCCUCAAAUCCUUCAAAUCCCUAUUAUCUACAUCCCAAUGAGAAUCCAUCUUUGGUUCUCGUUACCCCAUUAUUGGACAGCAAGAAUUACAAUUCAUGGGCACGCGCAAUGAAGGUCGCAUUAAUCUCCAAGAACAAAUUAAAAUUUGUCGACGGCACCUUUCUUCAAUCGGCUUCUACGCAUGUUCUUCACGAUCCAUGGGUUCGCUGCAACAAUAUGGUGCUCUCUUGGUUGCAACGCUCGAUUUCCGAGAGUAUCGCUCAAUCAAUUCUUUGGAUCGAUAACGCACACACAGUUUGGAAAAAUCUAGAAAAUCGAUUCUCUCAAGGUGACAUUUUCAAAAUUUCAGAUAUCCAAGAUGAUCUCACAAGACUUCAGCAAGGUAACCUCGACAUUACCAACUAUUUCACGAAAUUAACCUCUUUAUGGGAACAAAUAGAUUCAUUUCGACCCAUUCGCGAUUGCGUUUGUGCUAUUCAAUGUACUUGUGGGGCAGCUACUGACCUUAGAAAAUAUAAGAAUCAAGAUCGGGUCAUAAAAUUUCUCAAAGGUUUGAAUGAACAAUUUUCCAAUGUUCGUUCUCAAAUCAUGCUUCUUGAGCCCCUCCCUUCUUUGGAUAAAACUUUUUCUUUAGUUCUUGGUCAAGAACGACAACUCAGUGUUCAAGCAUCCUCUGAUUCGGCCCCUGAAAAUCAAGCUAUGGCCAUGCAAAUUCAAAAUAAUCACUAUAAUGGAGGAGGAAGGGGCAACAAUAAUUCUAAUAAUCGAGGUAAAGGACGCAAUAAUUCUGGGUUUGGUCGUGGUCCAUAUCAGAAUUCUAAUCGAAUUUUUCUUUAG